CCCUCUUAUAUUUAAUAAACAAUAACUGUUUUUUUAUUGUUAUUGUAGUCGAUGUGGUUUCAGCACCAUGGUUAGCAACAUAUUUAUUUAGGAUAAUGCAUUUCAUUAAACCCCUCUCUUUCUUAACAUGAUCAAUAAUCUUUGAAUGUUUUCAGUAUAUUCCAAAUUUUAUAUUAUUUUUUUUAUUUAAUUAUUUUUGUGUUAGAAGGCAACUUUGACUGUAUAGUAGCCUACUUCUGUUCCUCAUUACCAUAUUGGGAGUUGGAAUUUUUUUUUUCUUCGUCUCCUGCAGUUGCGUGAUGUGAACUCUCUGGGCCGCUGUUGAUCAACGUAAUGCUAUUUAAAUUGCGUUUAUAGAGAAGCAAAACUCCAUGUUUUUGCUCAGUAAGAACAGGCUUUUCAGUGGAGCACACCGGAAGAAACAAUCGUCAAGGAAUAUAUGAAUCUGGAACUUUUAAAUUUUUUUUUGGUUUGUUCUUGGUUUAAACAAUCCAUCUUUCAAUCAUAUUUCUCUUCAAAAAAAAGCUGAGUGACAUAAGCGGAUGUAUUUUUGCUGGACCGAUGCUCCCGGUGUAACAAUGAAACGGCAAGUACUGUUGGUCUUUUCUGCCGUCGCUUUGCAUUUGGUGCUCGGCCAGGUCAGCUAUUCCAUUCCUGAGGAAAUGAGCAAAGGGUCGUUGGUUGGUAACGUAGCUCAGGAUUUAGGACUGGAUAUUAAACGUUUGAACGCGGGUAAAGCUCGCAUCCAUAUGGGAGACAAUGCCGAGUACAUUCAGCUUAACAAGGAGAGGGGGCUCCUUACGAUCAGAGAAAAAAUAGACCGCGAAGCUCUCUGUGCUCAGACAACGCCUUGCGCUUUGCAUUUGCAGAUUGCGUUAGAGAAUCCGAUAGAAAUAUUUUCCGUUACUGUAGAAAUCACUGAUAUAAAUGACAACGCUCCUGUAUUUGAAAAGGAAGAGAGAAGGUUUGAAAUUAGCGAAUCUGCAGUCGUGGGCUCCAAAUUCAUGCUAGAGAAAGCAAUAGACCCCGACAUCGGGUUAAACGGUCUCCAAAGCUAUUUCCUGAAGCCGAGUGAUAAUUUUAUUCUCAAAGUGCGCAGUCAGUCCGACGGUGGAAAAAGAGCUGAAAUGAUUUUACAACAACCUCUCGACAGGGAAAAGGAUGAAUUCAUUUCAUUGUUGCUAACAGCAGUAGAUGGCGGAGAGCCGCAGCGGUCUGGCACUAUGCAGAUUCAUAUCACAGUGUUAGACGCAAACGAUAAUGCUCCUGUUUUCACGCAUCCCAUUUACAAAGCUACAGUCCAGGAGAACGCAGUCAAAGGAACAGUAAUCACCAAAGUCAGUGCCUCCGAUGCAGACAAAGGCUCGAAUGGAGAAGUAAGCUACGUAAUAGGAAAUAGCGUGAGAUCUAUUUUAGAAAUAUUCCACAUUACUGAAGAUGGUGAGCUCAUUUUAAAUGGGCCUAUCAAUUAUGAGAAAACCAAAAAGUAUGAAAUCGAUGUAGAGGCGGUGGACAGGGGAGGCCUUUCUGACUCUUGUAAGGUAAUUAUUGAUGUAGGUGAUAUUAAUGAUAACAGUCCAAUUAUUAAUAUUAUUUCGUCAUCUAUUUCAAUAGGAGAAGAUUCGAAAUCAAACACAGUGGUAGCUGUAAUGAGCGUUAGUGAUCCUGACUCUGGAGAAAAUGGUAAAGUCCGAUGUGCAAUAAAUAAACAUACUCCAUUUACGAUUAUGUCAACAUCCAAUAAUUUGUAUAGUUUAGUGGCAGAGAAUGAGUUGGACAGAGAGGAAGCCUACGAGUAUAACAUCACAGUGACCUGCUCUGAUGAAGGAGUUCCCUCCCUCUCUACUAGCAUCACUCUCACCUUACAGAUCUCUGAUGUGAAUGACAACGCACCUGUAUUUGAGAAGAGCUCUUAUGAGGCCCACAUUGUAGAAAACAACACACCAGGUGUCUCUGUAUUUACAGUAAAAGCUACAGAUGCUGACUGGAAUCAAAAUGCUCGUAUUUCUUACAUACUAGAAGAAUCCACUGUUAACGGAGUGCCAGUCUCUUCAUAUGUGUCCAUCAGUGCUGAUAGUGGAGUCAUCCAUGCAGUUCGCUCUUUUGAUUACGAGCAGAUCAAAGACUUUCAGUUCUGCGUUAAAGCGCAGGAUGGAGGCUCUCCUCCUCUCAGCAGCAACGUGACUAUAAAAAUCCUGAUCCAGGAUCAGAACGAUAAUCCACCUCAGGUUCUGUAUCCAGUCCAGACUGGUGGCUCGAUGGUGGCUGAAAUGGUUCCUCGUUCAGCAGAUGUGGGCUACCUGGUGACUAAAGUGGUGGCUGUGGAUGUGGACUCUGGACAGAAUGCCUGGCUCUCCUAUAAACUACAGAAAGCCACAGACAGAGCGCUGUUUGAAGUGGGCUUACAGAAUGGAGAAAUAAGAACUAUCCGUCAGGUGACUGAUAAAGAUGCUGUGAAACAAAGACUGACUGUCAUAGUGGAGGACAACGGGCAGCCCUCUCGUUCAGCUACAGUCAUUGUUAACGUGGCGGUGGCGGACAGCUUCCCUGAAGUCUUGUCGGAGUUCACUGACUUUCCUCACGAUAAGGAAUACAAUGACAACCUGACUUUUUACUUAGUGUUGGCUCUGGCUGUGGUUUCCUUCCUCUUCAUCACGUGUUUAGUGGUUAUUAUAUCAGUGAAGAUCUACAGAUGGAGACAGUCUCGCAUCCUGUAUCACUCCAGCCUCCCUGUGAUUCCAUAUUAUCCACCUCGUUACUCAGACACUUUGGGAACAGGAACUCUGCCACAUGUGUACAAUUACGAGGUGUGCAGGACGAUAGACUCGAGGAAAAGCGACAAUAAGUUCGGAAGAGCUGGUAGUCAGAACAUGUUGAUAAUGGACCCCAGUUCUACAGGGACAAUGCAACGGAUACAGAAUGAGAAGAGCAUCCUGGAUGAACCCGACUCUCCUCUAGAGCAAAAGCCCCCCAACAAUGACUGGCGCUUCACACAAGGACAGAGACCUGGACCUAGUGGUCCCCACAUGCCAUACGGUACACACAUACGAUGGACGCCGAAGAAUGGGACAAGGGCAACUGGAGGACCUGAGGUAGCAAUGGGAACUGGCCCGUGGCCCCAGCCCCCAACCGAAGCCGAGCAGCUUCAGGCACUGAUGGCAGCAGCCAACGAAGUAAGUGAGGCGACAGCCACCCUUGGGCCCGGCACCAUGGGCUUGAGCACCCGCUACAGCCCCCAGUUCACCCUGCAGCACGUCCCCGACUACCGCCAGAAUGUGUACAUCCCCGGGAGCACGGCCACCCUCACCUCCAAUCCUCAGCAGCAGCAGGCCACGGCCCAGCAGGCCACGCAGCAGGCGCUGCCUCCGCCUCAGGCCUCGGCACAGGCUGAGCCUCCAAAGGCCGCCCAGACCCCCGCCUCCAAGAAGAAGUCCACCAAGAAGGAGAAGAAGUAGAUGCUGGUGGAGAGGAGGUGGAGGCAGAAUGAAGUGAUGAGAAACCCAACCCCCCACACCCCACCAUUAGGUAUCUGCUGUCACAUGGACACUGUUGGUGAUUCUUUGAAGAUUUCCUCCGAGAAUCCAAAUGUGCUGGAGGUUUUAGUGUUACUAACCCAUGUUGUGCUUGAAGGUCUAGUAUUGUUCAUGUAAUCUUUGUGGGUAGAUAUUUUUUGGCUGGGUAUGGGGGAUUGCUGUUGUUUCCCCCCCCCCCCCAUUAUUUUCUUUAAAUAAAAAAAAAAAAAAUUAAUGGACAAAGAGAUUCAGUGUAGGAAACCUUGCUGGAAUGACAAGGCUACCCACAGCGAUGUAUUCAGAGAUGAAAAGUUAAUGUCUUUCAUGUUGGAUUUAUUGUGUACUUUCCGAAAGUGGAAAGCCGGCUAUUGUAAAGUACGCUAGUUGCCAUUCAUUAUAUUCCUCUGUAGGGUCAGCCGUAAAGCAUAAGGCUGCUAUUUGACCGGUAUUACAGACUCUUGCAUGCUCAUUAAGGUUCAAACCACAUAAUCUAGUUUAGAGUUGCAAACUAUGCAUUGCAAAAGCAAAGAGGGGAACAUUCCGAAUCCUUGUUCCUCCCUCCAAUCGCAGGUCAACGUAAUGCACAUGUAGUGUUUACUUGACAGAAAACGAGAAUAACUUUUGUAAUCAUAGUUUUAAGAAGAAAAAAAAAAAUCUGAUAUUUUCUAUGAUCUGAGCAUGCACCCGCAGGGGUCGGCAGGCACGUACUCAGAUCUGUCCUGGUUAUCUGUAUAAAACCACAGGAUGAGUGCAGACAUGUCCUGCUUCCCCCUCCAGCCCUCCCACUUGCACCCGGCUAGUGUCCUUCCUUCACCCCCAAUUUGAGCCAAACUAUGAGAAAUGCACUGUUCGUAUGCUGAAGAAGAGACUGAGUUGGGGUUGUAAUCACUUCAAACAUGUAGAUGUGGUAAACUUAAGUGCUUAGGAGUUUCUAGACACUUUGUAAGCCUCUAGGGCACUUUCUUGAGGUGCUGAAAAGAAAUUUCUUGAUGUGUUUUCUUUCCUUUUUUUUCCUUUUGGGAGAUAUUGAUUCAAUAGCAUAAAAAGGGGUUUGUUUUAAGAUACGUUGCCAUACAUCUGUCUGUCAAGCUAAAACUGCAUGAAAAAGAGGGCAGCUCGCAGGCUGGGUCAAAGGGGAGCAAAAGGAGAUCGGUGAGAGCUAAACCGAUUGAGGUGGGGUACAACCUUUGGCUCUACCCACUGAAUGUACAGAGGAACCAGUGCUGGCCUGCCCGCCCUUUUUAAUUUUCUCCAAUGCACUGACCCUGAUAGAGGUCAACGGAGCCAAGCACAGUCAGACCUGUUGGUGAGGAGACUCCUCUUUGAGACAUCUUCUCCAUUUUUGAAAACAGCGGCAAACACGACCCUCUCCGCCUCUCACCUGUCUGCGUCUGCUCCCCCCCUCGUUCUGCGAGGCUCCUACCCCGCUGUAAAUAAACACGAGUCCGGUUGACAGUGUGAGCCAAGUAUUUGUACAGCAGGGACCUUCUCCAACUGUUCCCGCUCAACAAGGCGCGGCUUACUACUGGAAUGUGUUUGCAUUUUGUUUUUCAAGAAAACUAAAAACCACAGCUUAAAAAAAAAACAACAAAAAAACCCCACAAAAAAUGUAUCAAGAAUAAUCAAAACGUUUGACAUGUUCUUCAACAGUUUGUGUUGCAAUGUAGUAACUGAGCACCAUUGAAGCCAACUAACUUUUCAGUGUAAAUAAAUGACUUAAAGAUAACUUUAGAUGAGUAAAAAAACAAAGUGACACACGUAGACUAGUUAACUUGUGGUAUGUGUUGCGCAUAUUUUUGUGUUUAUUUUUCUCUUUACUACCCUUUAUCACCCUGUAAAGAAAUGAGACAAAAAAAAAAUAUGGACGUCUUUCUAUCCUUCUGUAACCUCUUAAUGUUACUUUGCGGUGAUUUUUCUCUUGUGCAUUUGUGAAAUAAUGCCUCUCAUUCUCUUUCUGUCCAUAUGAACAAAUGAUUAUAAAUAUUAUAUAUGUGUAAGUCCGUCCGCUGCUGAAUUAAUACUACUCUAUCCUGCUGUAUUAUCUUUCUUAUAAAACGCUUUGCCCUUUCCCCACGCUACACCCCUGUGUUACUCUCUUAUUUUUAUGCUAAUAUUUAUAUUUCUGUUUUAUUUUCUCUUGGACACUGACAUUUCAAAUAAAAGAAAUCAUUUGAAAAACCUUAAA